CGGUGCUUGGCGAGAAGGCAUUUUAACCACUUCCGGGCAGGGAAGUUGACACGACCCAACAAAAGAAGUGUAAACAUAAAAUCAUCUUUCCUCUGUUCUGCUAGUCCAUGAUGGAAGAAGAAACGGCAUUUGCUGAAAAUUUAAUAGAGAAGCUUAGAGUUAAUGGAACCCUUACUGGAGAUGAAAGAAAAUUUAUUUUGGACUUGAUAAAUUCUACUACUGAUAGUGAAGAAGAAGAAACAGAACCUACUGAGCAGCAUAAUAAAAAAGUUCAAGUUGUUAUGAGAAAUGUUAAAGAUUCAAGCACUCAAACAGACCCCAUCAAAGAUGGAAGCACAGGUUCCACACCUGUUCAAAAGUCUAAAACUCAGCAGCUGAUGGAUGAAUCCUAUAGGGAUCGUAGAAUUUCAAUUUUUCUCAAAAGACCUAGAAUAAUAGAAAUCAAAGAGCAAUAUCCUGCCCUUUUCUCAACAUCUGAAAUUAGAAAAGAAUUGGACAGAAUUUUUUAUCCUGGUAAAUCAGAAGAAUUUUUAAACCACAUUACAAAAUAUGCUUCAGAAAUACUUGAAGGUGGUAAAAAUAAAAAGCUAUACAGUGUUAUAAAAGGUUGCAUGGAGGAAGCUAAAAGUGAAGAUGAUCGGAAAUAUGCCUUACAAGUUGGAGCAAUUUUAAUGCUUCCUGUAGUAGUUUGCCAGAAUGCUGAUAGAAAAUCUGUAUCAUUUUUAAGAUUCAAAUUGGAAGAUCCUGAUGAAGAAUGUGAUCCAUAUAUAUACGUCAAUAUUGAUGACUUAACAGAAUUGUGCAUGAAGAAACAUUUAUGCAAAAUAAUAGUAGAAGGUGUUAAAGUUGGUGAAACUUUCAGCUUUGUUGAGGCUGUGCUUGUUUAUUUUGCUUGUUUUUUCACCUUUGACAUUGUAUACCCCGAUAAAGAUCUCGAUACACAUGUUGCAAUGGAGCGCCUUUUUCUCAAUGCAAAUGAAACAGAAGAAAUCAGUGAUUACUCCUCUGAAGUGAUGAAACGAUUGAAAGCGACAAAAUAAGCCGUUGUUUUCUUCAAUAAUUGUCUUUGUAAAGAAAUACUAUUGUCCAAGGAUUAACAGUACACGAUAAAGCUUUUUUUUUUUUUUUUGGCUUUUGUUUAGAAAUACUAUAACUAAUAUAUUUACGGUACAAGAUAGCCAUUAUUCUCUUGGAUAAUUGUUUUUGCAAAGAAAUGCUGUUUCGGGUGGAUUGAUAGUACAAGAUAAAGCAAUAUUUUCUUUGAUAAUUAUUUUUGUAAAAAACUUAUCAGUGGAUAAGCAUUAAAAGAUGAAAUCAUUAAUUUCUUUAUUAGUUGUUUUUGUAAAGAAAAGCUGUUACAAAUGGCUUUAUUUAUUUGUAAAAUAAAAUUUAUAUUUUUCUCUAAAA